CCAAAGUAGUUAUUAUAAUUAUUGUGUGAACAUCAUUCAUUCCCAUCUCCUCUCAAUCAAUCAAACUUCUUUAAUUUAUUUGCCUUUCUCAAAAUGGAAAACGGCAAUCAUCAUCUUUCUCAGCCCCCCGCCGCCACCAAGCCGUCUAGAUUCAACCGCAUCUGUGUCUUCUGCGGCAGCAGCGCCGGCAAGAACCCCAGUUACCAACUCGCCGCCCUUCACCUCGCCAACCAGCUGGUUGAAAGGAACAUAGACUUGGUGUAUGGAGGUGGGAGCAUUGGCUUGAUGGGUCUCGUCUCCCAAGCUGUUCAUAAUGGGGGCCGCCACGUGUUAGGGGUGAUUCCGAAAACACUGAUGCCAAGAGAGUUAACGGGAGAGACGAUUGGAGAAGUGAGAGCCGUUACGGGUAUGCAUCAAAGGAAGGCAGAAAUGGCGAAGCAAGCUGACGCUUUCAUUGCCUUGCCCGGUGGGUACGGAACGUUAGAGGAACUACUAGAAGUCAUCACAUGGGCUCAGUUGGGUAUUCAUGAGAAACCGGUGGGUCUGCUGAACGUUGAUGGGUACUAUAAUUCACUUCUGUGUUUCAUAGACAAAGCUGUGGACGAAGGAUUCAUCCACCCUUCUGCCCGCCACAUUAUUGUCUCCGCCCCUACUGCCCACGAACUCAUCUCCAAGCUUGAGGAUUAUGUUCCAAAGCACAAUGAGGCAGCACCAAAGUUAAGAUGGGAGAUGGAGCAACAACUGGGCUUCACAACAGCCAAAUCUGAAAUUGCACGUUAAUUAAGAUCGAUCAAGUUACCUCAAUUAAUUAAUCAUUACCCGUAUAGUAGUGAUUAUAUUUAUACUCCCUCCGUCCAUGUAUGAUCUUCCCAUUACGCGAUACGAGACUUGACCGAUUUUAUUUUCAAUUCAAUUUAAUUGAUUAUAGGAGUAAAAUUUUAAAAUAAAAUUUAUAUAGUAAUAAACUACAUGAAAAGUUCUACAAAACUAGAGGUGACAAGACUAUAUUAUUUUAUGAAAUGACUAGUAAAAUUGAGUAAAUAAAGUGAGUAAAGUUUGACCCCGUGA